AUGUUCUGGACCCCGAAUUUCAAGGCGGAUCAGUUGACAAAGCUUGGAAUCGGCCUGACAAGCCUCGUGUCGAUGACCGUUCUUUUGGACAUGCUGGCAGAUGCCAUCCCAAAAACCGACGAUUUCCCACUAUUAGGUAUCUACGUGGUCGUCUGCGUUGGGCUGACCUCAUUUGCAUGCGUAAUAGUGGUCGUCUACCCCCUUGACAAUUACCACAAGAAGACGAACCUGGAGAUCAAGAAAUCGGCCGAAGAAGACCGGAAGCUUGAUUUUUGG